AUGAGCAGGGAUGUCAAAGUGAUCGCCAUCUCGGCCGGCCCGGAGCGAUCGCAGCAGUAUGUCCUCGCCCGCGGCGAGAAGAUCGUCGUGGGCAAGGUAGCAAACAGCGACUUCGUGGUGGACUCCAGCGCCCGCGGCGUGUCUCAGCGGCACGCGGAGCUGUACCUGUGCCCUCCGGAGUCGGGGAAGGGCGCCGACGAAGUGGUCCUCCGAGACGUCUCCACCAACGGCACCGGGGUGCUGGCACAAGGAGACCCCGAGGGACGGCCUCAGUGCUUGCCGCUGCGGAAGGGCAGCGCGCACACACUGCAGCCCAGGUCGCAGGUGCUGGUGCCCUUGAACACUAAGGACUGGGGAGAGGCUGAGGACGUGUGA